CACGUACCGUACGACUGUCUGGAACUAGGCCACGCCCACUGGUACGGGCCGUCCAAUCAGAGCCAAUCAAUCUUCCCGAUCCGCGGCAGCUUCGUGUUCCAGCCCGACCAGUACACAGUGGGCGGCAAUGGAAUCUUUAGCCACGCCCUCGAUUUCUAUUGGCUCUCCUCCAGCGGCGCCGCCCUCUUUGUUCGUGGAGACAACCCCAUCCAAAUCCAGUGGAACCGAACCGGCGAGAACCGACUGUGCCUGCUGUCCAACUACACGGGCGCUCUGUACACGCAGGCGAGCGCUCUAACCUCCCCACUAAUGAACUACACGCUGUGCCAGGGCACGCAGCCGGCGAGCACGCACGCAUUCAUGCGCAGCAUGUUCCCCAAAAUCACGUUCCCGCCCCACCACGCCCUGCACGACAGCUAUUGGUCGCUGCAAGGCUCGAAGGGUGGGGCUAACGUCACUCAGCAGGAUCUGCUGGAUCUGAUUGGCCGAGUCGGGUCACGUGGUGGGAGCUCUGUGUCUGUGGACGGUGACUGGCAGAAGUACCACGGUGACCUGACCUUUGACCCCAAAGUGUUCCCUAACCUGACGGAGGUCAAGGAGGCGGUGGAGGGGAGUGACCUUCGUCUGACCUUGACUGUCAACCCUUACUUCCAGUAUCAGAGCAGGAACUUCCACACGGGCGUGGAGCGCUCUCUGUUCGUCAACGACGCCGGGGGUCACGUGACCGGACUGACCGCUGCCCAGGGCGGGACUUCCGCGGCCCUAAACGUGUUCAAGCCAGAGAGCCGGGCCUGGUUCACGGGGAAACUACAGACACUGCGGUCAGAGCUGGGACUGUCGGCCUUCAGGCUGACCUAUGGUCAAGCUGGCUGGCUGCCCUACAAGCCGCACUUCGGACACAGUCACGCCACGCCGGACAUGUACAGACGCUUGAUGGCGGAGAGUGUGAGUUCUGCCGGGGAGACCCUCGUGUUGGACCACACCUCCAGCUCCCAGCACGUGCCCGCCCUACUUCCGGUACACACACGCACAAAGGUCAAAGAAGGUCAGGAGUGCAUCGUGGACGUCCUUGAGACGGCCUUCACCUUGGGCCUCAUGGGAUACCCGUUCCUGAUGGCGGACGGGGUGUCUGGACAGGAUGGGCAACUGCCUGGUCGAGACGUGUACAUCCGGUGGCUACAGUUGAGCAGUUUUUUCCCCGCGCGACAGUUCAGUUUCCCGCCAUGGCGCUACGACCAGGCGACUCAGGACGCAGCCGACAACGCCACCUACUGGAGGGCGGGGUCUGUGACGCAGGCGUUGCUAGGCGACGCUGUCCGUGACGACACAGAGAGGGGCGUGCCUUUGUUGAGACCGGUGUGGUGGGCGGAGUCUGGGAACCUGACGCUACAUCAUAUGGAGGUGAAGGACGAGUUCCUGGUGGGUCCUGACCUCUUGGUGGCGCCCGUGCUAUGUGGAGGUCAGAGGUCACGUGACGUGUAUCUUCCCGCGGGGAUCUGGGAGGACUCCAGGGACGGCACCUUCUUCCAGGGACCCACGACUCUCACAGACUACCCCGUGCCACUGGAGCAAGUGGGGCUCUUUGUGCGACGGACGGUGCGGGGACACAACAGGGAGGUGGAGUUGUGAGGGGCGGGGGCAGACGGGAGGACAGGCAGAUGGACAGACGAACAGACAGACGAGCAGACAGACGGGCAGGCAGACAGACGGACAGACGGACCGACGCCACCUUCUUCCAGGGGCCCACGACUCUCACAGACUACCCCGUGCCUCUGGAGCAAGUGGGGCUCUUCAUACGACGGACGUUGGGGGGACACAACAGAGAGGUGGAGUUUUGAGAGGUGGAACGACAGACGGACGGGUGGACAGACAGACAGACGGGCAGACAGACAGACAGACAGACAGACAGACAGACAGACAGACAGACAGACAGACAGACAGACAGACAGACAGAUAGACUGACGGACCGUGCGGACCAACAACUCUCACAGACUACCCCGUGCCGCUGGAGCAAGAGGGGAACCACAAACACCUACUUCAACAUAGUUAGAUGACUGUGGUCGGUCGUCAUGUCACAAUCCUGUGAGGAGUCCACUGACAAAACGGGCAUAGUUACAAACUGGAAACUGUGAGGGUGUCAAUUUUAAAAGCUCGUGGAUUCGUAACUUCAAUUUUGUUUGAUUGGUGGUUUAUUUUAUAUUUUUGUUUGAUGGGAAAUCUAACAGCAAUUAUCAACCAACAGCUGAAGAGAAACACGAUUAUGAGUCAACAAGUGUUCAAAAUUGAUACCUUCACAAUUUAAUUUUCAGUGGACUCCUCAUGUGUCUUCCUCACGGUGUUCAGAUACAGUGGAGUCCGCUUAAAGUGAACUCUUAGUUGAGACCAGAAGAAAGUGUUCACUUUAUCCGAGGUUCAGUAUUGUAGAGCUGAUCAGACUUCGAUCUUCAGAGCGCGCACAGGACACUUACACAUCAAAAAGCACAUAAAUAAAAUUAACUCCAUGUGGGAACCCCAUUGCAGACACUGUCACAACCACGAGGAGACCGUUGAACAUCUUCUCCUUCA